GAAAAAACUGUGGCCGAAUCAUUGAGUAGUCAAUAUAAAGCCAGGCAAAAUGUCAAGAUGAGGAUGUGAAUUACGAAUAUGACUAGUUUUUAACAUCUAUUCGUUGAUUUUAGAGAGUUCUUAUACUAAUACUUCCAGAAAUCAUGGAUGACAAUGAGUUCAGUACAAGCAUGGAUUCUGAAAGUGAAGAUGACGGAAUCUCGCAGGACGGUAUGGAACCUUGUAUCCCAGAAGAUGGAUUUUCGACAGUAAGGAACACUGCUCAUCAGUUUGAUGAUGAUGGAGAGAACGGAAGAAUCGUCCAAGGAACUGAGGAGGAGGAGGAGGAGCUAGAGGAAGAAGAAGAGAUGGAUUAUACAUCAGGGAACGAAUACCAAGAAGAUGUUGGUGAAAAAUCUGCAAGGGAAGGAGACAUGUUUUACAGUUGCCAUGAAGACUUCCAUCAAAUGAGUGGAUUUUCAGAGUCAGGAGGCAAAGGGGUAGAAGGAGGGGGUCCCCGUAGCCCGGCUGGCUCUCCACCUGAAAGCCCUGGGACUGCGCAGAGUGGGAGUGAAGCAGCAGAGUUUGACUAUGCUACUCCCUCAGAGACUGAGUCCUCUGUCAGGUUACAGAGCGAAAGACUAGAGCGAGAAGGAGAGGAGGAGAGUAGCGGGGUAGAACUUGCAACACCGGCCAGUCCAAUGACAAGUACGGCAGAGAGCGCGGAUGAAAGUGAACCUUUAAUGACACAAGACAGCGAGGGAGUGGAGUUUUCAGAGAGUAGAGACGAGGAGUCUGACAUGUUUGAUAGGGGAGGAGACGAUGAAGCGCCCACUUCCAGUGCUGAUGUUGCCGAAUCAAGCGAGGAGCUUGAUGAAACAGUGAAAUCACCGACUGUGCCUUGCUAUGGGCAGGAAGAUUAUUCUUAUGAUCAAAGGACAGGAGUUAGUACAUCUUCUGGUGCAGAACAAUCUGCUCAAGAACUUCAAGAUGAAGAACAAUCUGCUCAAGAACUUCAAGAUGAAGAACAAUCUGCUCAAGAACUUCAAGAUGAAGAACAAUCUUUUCAAGAACAUCAAGAUGAAGAAGCAGAAGAGAAAUACCGAGAUGGAGAGCAAAUAUUCCAAGAAGGAGAUGAUGAUAGUAGUAGGUUAUCAAAACUUUCAGGUGAUGAAGAAGAUGGUAAUGAUAACAAGCGAGGUGACCAAAGUACUGAGGAUAUUGAUUUAAGAACUCAGAAGGAGGAUGAUAGACUUCAGCCUGAUCAAGAUGAUCAUGAGCAAGAAGUGCAUAAAGAUCACCAUAGAGGUGAUGCUUAUGAGGAUGAUGAUGACCAUUUAGAUUUGACAGUGCCAACAGAGCCUUUAAAAACAUCCCGAAAGUACCGUGAGCGUUCAGCUGCAGCAGUGGUUGAAGUGCAUCAUAUAGAGGAUCAUGGUGAUGAGCUGGACUUUGAGGAAGAUGUCGAUGACCAUGCACAACCUUAUCACCAGGAACCUUUGGGGGAGCAAGCAGAUGAAGAGGAGGAGGAGGACGAGGACGAGGAAAAGAAAGAUUCUGUGGUUGAGGAGGAAAAGGUGGACGAUCAGCAAGAGGAAGAUGCAGGGCUUGUGGAAUCUGAAGGUGAUGGAGAGUUGAAAGAUGACGAUGAUGGUGAAUGUCAAGAGGAAGACGAAGGAGAAGAUGGAGAAUUAGAUGAUGAUGACAUGGAAGAAGGAGAGGUCAAAGACCCGGUGGAGAAGAAGAAACCGGACGUUCGUCCUACAUGUCGAUUCUACACCAGAGGGCAAUGCUUUUGGGGGAAUAACUGUCGCUUCAUACACCCGGGCAUCAAUGAUAAGGGCAACUACUCAUUAAUUGACAGGAGAGAGCUUCACAAUGCCCAGGCCGUGUUACUAGGGCAGCCCCUUGAGCCCCCCUCACCCCCUCCUAAGGAAGACCUGCCUCCCCCUCCUCCUGAGGAAGAAGAAGAGUUCCUUCCCCCACCACCGGAGGAGCCACGCCCUGAGAGUGCCUGGGAGAGGGGUCUUAGACACGCCAGAGAGCUUCGUAAGAAGGCCAUGGAGCUGAAAGAAAAGGGUGUUCUUCCUGAAGAACAGAAGACCAUAGGGGACAUGAUUGAUGAAGAAAACGACUUUGACAAAGAGAAUGAAUUCUUCCCAGAAAAAGGCGAUAAUGAUGACGCUUCCAUGCAAGGUGAUGUAUACCCCCCAGAGCAAUACCCCUAUCCAAUGCCCCCUGAACACUAUGAGAGGAACUUCAACUUUAGGGAGCAACAACCCUCCCCUCCCAGACAGGUCUACAGAGUUCAACAAGAUUUCAAUGACCCUAGAAGGAGGAUGAUGAACCAGGGUAGACAACGCAACGACUGGCAGCAGAACAACUUCAACCGCAACCGCCAGCAACAGUUCCGAGGCCAGCGUCCUCCACAGCAGCAGCAGCAGCAGCAGCCGCCCUUCCGUCGCGGGCGAAGUCCAGGAGGCCUUGCGGACAAGCGUCGCGAUGAGCGUCCUGGGGCCAUGAGGAACUUGCCCCGAAGAGACAAGCCAGGGAUCAAGGCGGGAGAUGGUGGUCCCACGGCUGGGAAGGCUGGUAAGGACAAAGCACCAGAUUCUUGGCAGGAUCCUUGGGCAAGGACCAAGUCACCUGGAAAGAAAGGCAGAUCAACAGUUGGAGGUGGGCGUCGCCCAAGAUCAAGAUCAAACUCGUCAGCAUCGUAUAGCGACAGAUCAUACUCGUCUCGAUCCAGAUCCAGGUCAGAUUCCCGGUCCAGGUCCCGCUCGUUCUCCUCCCGCAGCAGAAGCUCCUCCAGGAGCUCUUACAGUGGCUCCUCCCGGUCAAGGUCAAGGUCCAAGUCUCCUGGCUCCCAGUCCUAUUCUAGCUUCUCUUCACGCAGCAGGAGCAGGUCACCACCAGCUAAACUCAAGGGAAGGUUAGGGGCGAAGCCGGUAGCGAAGCCAGGGGCAGCGCAGCCUAUAGCCAAACCAGGGGCAAAGCCUGCUGUGAAGUCUACCGCUAAACCAGUACCAUCAUCCAAACCAGCACAAUCCCAGCAGCAGAGAGGUCAGGCCCCAUCCCAGGGACGACCGCCUGGUUCCAGACCAACGGCUGGACGUCCAGUGGUAGCCAAGCAAUCUGUUGGAAGGCCUCCUGGUGCGCAGCCAUCAGCCAGGAAACCUGUGGGUCCUGGUGCACCUCAACCCAAGACUUCCCCGACCAAGAUGUCUGAUAAACAGCCACCAAUGAAGGGCAAAUCAGCUUUCCCAAAGCCAGUGCCAAUGAACCGUAGAUCGCGCUCCAGAUCCAGAUCAGAGAGUCUAAGCAGCAUCAGCAGUCGAUCUAGCUAUAGUAGCUAUAGUCGGUCCAGGUCUCGCUCCCGCUCUCGGAGCUACUCCGGCUCCUCCUCAUCUUCUCGCUCCUGUUCCAGAUCUAGGUCUAGGUCCAUGACCAGGUCUAGACCAGGAGCGCCAAGGCAAGGACAACCUCGGCCUGGACAACCUCGGCCUGGACAAACUCGGCCUGGACAACCUCGACCUGGACAACCUCGGCCAGGACAAGUUAGGCCAGGACAACCCAGACCAGGACACCCUAGACCGGGACCAGAUAGAUCAGGACCACCUCGAUCAGGACAAGCUAGGCCAGAAACGGCCAGGCAAGCACCAUCUAGGCCAGGGGCUCCUAGGCCAGGAGCUCCUAGGUCAGCAGCUACUAGGCCAGCAGGAGACAGGUCAGGAACUGGACUAGCUGCAGGAAGACCACCACCACGCCGCUCAAGGUCCUUCUCGCAUUCCCGGUCCCGCUCAAGAAGCAGUUCUGUCAGCAGCAGGUCAUCUGUGUCUAGUGCAGAUUCUGAGAACAUGUAUGCCAAUCUCGCUAGCCCAGUAUCAUCUGCUAGUUCCACAGAGAUGCCUCCAGCCCAGAAGCGUGGAACCAAAGGUACUAAAGGGCCUUCCAAACCAUCGUCAGCUGUAUCCUCCUCUAUUAAACCCAGAGCUCCUCUAAUAAAGCAAGACAAGAUGGCUAAACCUACGUCCAAACCUUCUGCUCAACCGAUCCGCCCAGCAGUAUCCAAGAAGGUUACCAAGGUACCCGUUGGUAAACCUCCCCCUGAUAGAUCAGCAGCAGCAACAGGAAAGGUGCAGCCCAGAGGUGGACCUGUAGGCAAGUCUCUGUCAAAGUCAUCUUCAGGAGAGCGUCCCAGCAGUAGCACCAAGGUACAGGCGGCUCAGAGACCCAGCAGCACUACCACGCAGCAGCCAAAGGCAAAACCCUCAAAGGGGACAGAAGGAAAGACUGGAGCAAAGCCAUCAGAACAGAAGAUGAAAGAACGUGGACCUCCUGUGGCUAGCUCUAGCACCAGUCGACCGAGCUCCUCUAAUCAGCAGGGCAUUCUAAAGCAUGCUGCUCGUAAAGAGAUCAAACUCAACCUGAUAAGCAAGCCUACUACAGAAGAAAGCAAGAAACGUCCAGGAGAGCCGUCAAGCAAUACAAGACCAGAGAAGAAAUCUAAGAUAGCACCUGAGAGAGAUCACAAGGUAGGAUCGUCCACUGUCAAGCAGCAGGCGACGUCCUCCACCGACGUCAAGCAAGCCUCUUCCAAGGUGAGCAGCUCCGAUCGCAAACGAGCGACGUCCCCACCGUCCUCCAAGUCCCAGCCGGCGUCGAAGGUCUCCAAACCCGCCCUCAAACCCGCCCUAAAGCCUGCCCCCAAGCCGGCCCUCAAACCCGCCCCCAAGCCCGCCGCCGCCCCCAAGAAAGAAUCCAUCUCCAGGAGAGAGGAGAUCCUGAAGCAACUCCAGGCUGUCGAAGACCUGAUCAGGAAGAAGAAAGCCAAGAUGAAGUGAAGCUCAUUCUCUCUCUCUCUCUCUCUCUCUCUCCCUCCCUCCCUCUCUCCCUCUCUCUCUCUCUCUCUUGUUCUAUUUCUCUCUGCUGUUGUUUCUGUGUUCGAUUUCGAUCAUCUUCAUUACACCCCUACAUGGAGGAUUCUGAAUGCGUCACACAGCUCUCAACAGUCGUCAUUCAUCUUGAAAACAUUUUCAAUGUGCAAAGCUAAUUGGACUUGGUGAGAUGCAAGAGAAGACAAAAAAAGUGCAUCACUAAAUAGAGAUGUUGAAUUCAAUCACAUAUUUUCUCUGGUUGUAUACACGUAGCUUGCAUAUCGCAUCAAGUAUUUAAGAACAUUACACAACUAUUGUUUGAGCAUGUUGAUGUGUGUAUCCAUAAGUUAAGGUUAUCAAAUCCUCCCUCUGCAACUAAAUUUGUAGGACUGUCCGCUCUUGGAGCAGGUCGUGUCUCGUGCGUUGCUAGACUCUUAGUUCGAUUGGCAAUAUGGAGCCUGUCAUUUUGAAUACAUAAUUGUGUUUUGAUACUGCGCUUAAUAAGUUCCUCGUCCUUGUUUCUCUUUUGCUGCAUUUGUAUAACAUGCCAAGCUAAGGACAAUACACCAUUUACAUAAGACAUAAGAUUUACAAUGACCUUUAGCAUUGGUAUAUUGAUGGGAUUAAGGUUUAAAUUGAAGCUAGGUUUUGUGUGUUCUAUACAAAUAUAAGUACAUGAGGUAAAAUAUUUCUUUUCCCUUCUAUAUUUGUUUGUGUGUUAAUUUGGCUUUGCUAUUACAUAAUAUGUACUGUGUCUUGUUUAGUAGCAUAAUCAGAUUUCUAUUUCAAUGCCUCAAAUUUGAUUAAUGUUACAAUACUUAUUUAAAUUUAUGUGCUCCCCUACUUAUUGUAUACUUUGUAAUUUUUGUUAUAGGCAUAAGUAAGCAGAGUUCAUGAAUCCCCAUGCAGAUUUUAAAUUUGCCAUAUGUGUAAAUUUUGUAGGGAAAGGGGGACCUUGCCUUACAUUACCGUAAGUUGGGAAAGGGGGGGGGGGUGCAGGGGCGGCAAAGAGCAGUGUAACUCUGGAAAUUUCUACAAUAAAUGUUUUUAUUGAGAAAAAAAAGGAAAAUCAUGAAUAUCACUGUAAGGAAAUAUAUCUUUUACCAAAGCCAAUCCUUCCUCCCCCCCCCCAAAAAAAAUGCUUAAACAGAAAGGUAUUUUAUAUCCAUAGUUGGGUUGUGGAAUAGCCAUGUUGCUGUUUUUUUUAAUGACUGGCAUGAAAAGUUACAGCAUCAGAUCGAAGCUCUAUUGGAAGUGGCAUAUUGCUUUGACUUUGUGUCA